AUGUUUUUGGAAUAUUGUUGUGUUGAGGCCUUAUCGCAUGUGCCACCGUUACGGAAUUAUUUCUUACGUGAGGAGAACUACGGAGGAAUCAAACGUCCACCAGGCGAUAAGUUGGCUUUAUUACCGAAACGAUUCGGUGAACUCCUUCGAAAAUUAUGGAAUCCAAAAGCGUUCAAAGCACACGUUUCACCUCAUGAAAUGCUACAGGCCAGUGUGCUGUGCUCAGAGAAGAAAUUUCAAAUCACUAAACAAGGAGAUUCAUCGGAAUUUCUGAAUUUCUUACUGAAUACACUGCAUGUUGCACUGAACGGUACGCAUAAAACGUCGUCAUCGAUUAUAUAUCGAAUAUUUCGUGGUCGAAUGCAUGAGUACACCCGAAAAGUGAUACCA